GCAGUUGAAAGGGGAAUUUCAAGUAAUCCUUUCAUGGCGGUGCCAGUAAGUGGAUGCAUCUCGGAGUCGUCUAAAAUUUGACAAAGUUCCGCUAUUUCAAAGCCAGCUACAUCGUUUACAGUGUUUGUUCAGAAAAAAUGGCAGCAAAGGCGAUUCGAGAGGCAACUGGAAAGGAUUUAAUUAAUCGCAAACUUUCUCUUGGAACAAAAGUAGCAAAAUGCAGAUUUGUACCUGUUACGGAAAAUACAAAUUGGACCGACAUUGUCAAUGAAUAUUCGUGGCUCAAGACAGAAAAAUUAGUUGUUAAACCAGAUCAAUUGAUCAAGCGUAGGGGAAAACUUGGAUUAAUUAAAGCGAAUGCAAACUUAUCUACGGUACAAGAAUGGGUUACACAGCGCAUGAACAAGGAACAACAAGUUGGCAAGGCGACUGGAAAGUUAAAAACAUUUAUAAUCGAACCAUUCAUACCGCACAAAUUGGAAGAGGAAGCUUACGUCUGUAUCUAUUCUCACCGUAGAGCUGAUACUAUAUUAUUUCACCAUCAAGGAGGCAUUGAUAUCGGGGAUGUGGAUGCUAAAGCUUUGAAGUUAGACGUACCAGUUGGCAGCGAGUUACCCGACCGAUCCACGUUAAUCGAUGAGCUUUUGACGAAUGUGAUGGACGAUAAGAAAAUGGUGAUCGCCGAAUUCAUAGAAUCUCUCUAUAAAUUUUACGUUAAUUUAUAUUUCACAUAUUUGGAGAUUAAUCCACUGGUGGUAACAGACACCGCGAUUUAUAUACUUGAUCUCGCGGCUAAGUUAGAUACCACAGCGGAUUUCAUAUGUAGACCCGAUUGGGGCGAAAUUGAUUACCCACCGCCUUUUGGAAGGGAUGCUUAUUCGGAGGAAGCUUAUAUUGCUGAUCUAGAUGCCAAAUCCGGCGCUAGUCUGAAGUUGACAAUUCUUAACCCGAGCGGUCGAAUAUGGACGAUGGUUGCCGGUGGUGGUGCGUCCGUGAUAUAUUCGGAUACGAUUUGCGAUUUGGGUGCCGCCGAUGAGUUGGCUAAUUACGGUGAAUACUCUGGCGCACCUAGCGAACAACAAACUUACGAGUACGCAAAGACGAUAUUGAGUUUAAUGACGAAAGAAAAGCGUACCGAUGGGAAAGUACUUAUUAUAGGUGGAGGAAUUGCUAACUUUACUAACGUAGCCGCGACAUUUAAAGGCAUCGUUAAGGCUCUGCAAGAAUAUCAGCCCAAAUUGGUGGAGUACAACAUAAAGAUUUUUGUACGAAGAGCUGGACCUAAUUAUCAAGAAGGCUUAAGGAUAAUACGUGAGGUCGGUAAACGCUUGGGGAUUCCCGUUCAUGUAUUCGGACCCGAGACACAUAUGACAGCCAUAUGCGCUAUGGCAUUAGGAAAAAAACCAAUUCCCGAUCCAGAAGCCCAAGAAUUCUCAACCGCCAACUUUCUGUUACCCUCGGGCCAAGAUAUCGGACCGUCGUCUUCCUCAUCCAAAAGUAACUCACAUUCGUCAUUAGAACAGCCCAAACUGAAGACCGCCGAUGCGGUAGACGCAGUCGGUGACAGGCAACUUUUCCAUGAUAAAACGAAAUCUAUCAUUUGGGGUAUGCAAACUAGAGCUGUGCAGAGUAUGUUAGAUUUCGAUUUUGUUUGCCGGAGAUCCGAGCCGUCCGUUGCUGCUAUCGUUUAUCCUUUCACCGGCGAUCACAAGCAAAAGUUUUACUGGGGUCAUAAGGAGGUUCUCAUUCCUGUUUAUAAACAAAUGAAAGAUGCUAUGGCUAAGCAUAAGGACGCCGAUGUAAUGGUCACGUUUGCCUCUUUAAGAUCCGCUUACGAAAGCACAAUGGAAACCAUGCAAUUUCCUCAAAUCAGGACGAUUGCCAUUAUCGCGGAAGGUAUCCCCGAAAAUAUGACUAGAAAAUUGAUUUUAACGGCACAACAGAAGAAUGUAACCAUUAUUGGGCCAGCGACUGUGGGAGGUGUAAAGCCAGGUUGCUUCAAGAUCGGCAAUACCGGCGGAAUGAUGGACAAUAUCCUUCAUAGUAAAUUGUACAGACCCGGCAGUGUCGCUUAUGUUUCUCGGUCCGGUGGCAUGUCAAACGAGCUGAAUAAUAUAAUCUCGAAAGCUUCUAACGGCGUAUUGGAAGGUGUCGCUAUCGGUGGAGACCGUUAUCCGGGGACCACCUUUAUGGAUCAUAUAAUGCGAUAUCAGAAUGACUCGGAUGCAAAACUGAUAAUAUUGCUCGGAGAAGUCGGUGGUGUCGAAGAGUAUGAAGUAUGCGAAGCACUAAAGACAGACAAGAUCACCAAGCCGUUGAUAGCUUGGUGCAUCGGCACCUGUGCCAGUAUGUUCAGUUCUGAAGUGCAGUUCGGCCAUGCUGGUUCCAUCGCACAUACUAAUCUCGAGACGGCUUCUGCGAAAAAUGCGGCUUUGAAGGCUGCCGGUGCGUAUGUUCCAGAGAGCUUUGAUAAUCUCGGCGAUCUCAUGCAGACUGUUUACGAACAAUUGGUAAAAGAUGGCACGAUAGUACCGGAACCCGAAGUUCCACCACCGACAGUACCGAUGGAUUACAAUUGGGCCAGAGAACUCGGCUUGAUACGUAAACCAGCGUCAUUUAUGACGUCGAUUUGCGACGAACGCGGACAGGAGUUGCUAUACGCCGGUAUGCCAGUAACUGAAGUACUGAAGCAAAACGUGGGCAUCGGUGGCGUCGUCUCGCUUCUUUGGUUUCAGCGUUGUUUACCACCAACUUACUGCAAGUUCCUUGAAAUGUCGCUCAUGUUAACGGCUGAUCAUGGUCCGGCUGUUUCCGGAGCUCACAAUACUAUUGUUUGCGCGCGUGCUGGCAAGGAUUUAGUUAGCUCUCUUGUCUCGGGACUACUCACUAUCGGUGAUCGUUUCGGUGGUGCCUUAGAUGGGGCAGCUCGUAUGUUUUCCGAGGCAUACGACGCCGGUCUACAUCCGCAAGAAUUCGUAAAUAAUACACGUAAAAAGGGCAAGCUGAUUAUGGGUAUCGGUCAUCGUGUCAAAUCCAUCAAUAAUCCAGACAUGCGUGUCAAACUCAUCAAAGAGUACGUGUUGGAAAAUUUCCCGGCAAAACCCUUGGUCGAUUAUGCAUUGGAAGUUGAGAAAAUAACGACCAGCAAGAAACCUAAUUUAAUUCUUAAUGUAGACGGUAUUAUCGCCUGUGCUUUCGUUGAUAUGCUACGGAACAGUGGUACCUUUACGAGAGAAGAGGCACAGGAAUAUAUUGAAAUAGGUGCCAUAAAUAGCUUAUUCGUCCUUGGUCGCAGCAUCGGAUUCAUCGGUCACUAUAUGGAUCAGAAAAGAUUAAAGCAAGGUCUCUACCGUCACCCGUGGGACGAUAUUUCUUAUGUGUUACCUGAGCAAUAUAAUUGAAAAUGAUCGAAUAACACGUUGUGCAAUGUUUCAUAUUGCUAAUUACACAUGCUCGGUUUGAAAAUCGUAUCUUAAAGAUACGAAUGAGUGAACAAAAACGUUGAGAAAUAGAUACAGAUGUCAUUGUGGUAUCUCAAUCUUGAUGUCACAAACUUAAUUACCAGUCGAAGUUAGUACAUACGCGCAAUGCUGCACAUACGUGAGAAAAGAGUGCUGUACUCUAAUUUCUCAGAGAAGAUAUUUAUCUGUUAACUCGAAAUUUCAACUAAUAUAAUAUUGGAUAAUCGAGGAGUAUGUUAUUAGGAGACAUCAAGUCGGACGAUUGCAGGGAUGUUUUAAACGAAGGUCAAUAUUUCACGCAACUAUAUCCUAGUCGGAUAUAAACCUGAAGUAAUUCUACUUUAAAUGCCUAUCAAACACAUUCCAUAGUGUGCAUUUUUGUUUGACUAGCAGAAAGUUUAGUGGAUGGUGAUUAUCUGACAUUUGUUUGGGGAUUAAUUAACAUGAUUUUUUUAAUUGAAACUAUCAUUAAUUAAGUAGAAACACUGCAAUGUUAUUAAUCUUGUGCACAAUUCUGAAAUACAACUUAUGAGGAAAAUAGA